AAAACCUGCACAUCCACCUCUUCACAAUAACUUCACCUUUCCCCCCCCAUCACAAACGCCUCUCCUCUGAGUAUCUUUCUUCGAUCCUAGGACCUUCCUCCUACGAUUGUACAUCCCAUCUUACCUCACUCUACACAAGUUUGUUUACUUGCCUCUCACCUGCGCGCUCUCUGCCUGUAGCUGGCCACCACCACCACCACCACCACCUCUGGAAAAUUCCCAUCCAAGCUCACGCGACCUCGACCCUGUUGACUGCGCUAUCCUCCCACAAGCUUCAACAUGGCCGCCUCUCCCGUUCAGAACCCCGCGGUCUCAGCCGAAUCCAAGUCAGCCAAGAAGAAGAAGGCCAAGGCCGCCGAGCGCACCGAGUCCCCUGCUCCUACUGCCUCUCCUGCCCCCGAGAAGGCUGACGCCUCCGACGAGUCCGGCGAGACUGCCUACAUUCGCGAGAUCCAGAAGAACAUUCGCAACACCACCAAGAAGCUUACCAAUGCCUCAAAGAUCGACAACCUGAUUGCCGAGAACGCUGGCAAGUCCCUCGACGACCUCGUCGCUGCUCGCAUUAUCAAUGCCGACCAGAAGGCGCAGUACCUCAAGAAACCUGCCCUGCAGGCCCAGAUCUCACAGUACGAGGAGCAGAUGGCCCAGUACAAGAAGAUCGACCAGGAGUACCGCACUCGUGCUACUGCUGAGAAGGCAGAGCUCGAGAAGUCCUUUGCCGAGAAGCUGGAGAAGGAGAAGGCCGCCGCUGUCGCCGAGGUGAAGGCUCAGCAGGCCCAGCAGGAGGGUGAUUCUAGCAAGAGCAUCAACAGCAAGCUCCUCACUCUGUCACAAUUCCUUCGUCUCGCUGCCGCCCGCCGCUCCGAGGAUGCUGACCAGAGCAACGAGGAGAACAAGGCCCUGGAGGGUGUUCUUCUCGCCAUCUACACGGGUGACGACAGUGCCGUCGCCACCAUGCUUAAGCUGAUUGACGGCGCCGAAGAGCAGACGUACAGCGUCAAUGGCGAGCUGCUCGAGACGACCUUCGGCCAAGUCAAGGCAGCUGCCAAGGCCUACAAGUCUCCUUACGACGAGCUUGCGCCCGCCGAGACCGAGACCGCUGCGACCGAAGCCGUUACCGAUCCGACCAUUGCCAACGCUACCGUGAACGAGAUAGAGGCUGGCGAUGUUGCCAUCACCAAUGGCCAGGCCGAGGAGGCGGCCACCGAGACCCCCACUAACGCCAACAUCGGUAGUGGCGCCGGUAACGCCGCCGGCGAGAAGUGGGAUCAGUCGGCCGAUAACAGCAUGUCGCUUUCUCAGGAAUGGGUUUCUGUUCCCCGCGAUCCUGCAGAGACCGAGACUGGUGUCGAGGCUACCCCCGCUGCCGUUUCCAACACGCAGUCCUGGGCCGAUGACCAGCCUGAGCACCACGAGACCCAGCCCGAGACCCCUGCUCCCGCUGCUGCCGACCCCAACGACGGCUUCCACCAGGUCCAGGGCCGCAACCGCGGCCGUGGCGAUCGUGAGGGAGGUUACCGCGGACGUGGUCGUGGUGAGUGGCGCGGCGGUCGUGGACACCGUGGCGAUGGCCGUGGCCGGGGAGGACGUGGCGGCCCUCGCGGCGGCUCCAUUUCUCAGCGUGGACCCCGUCGGACUGAAGAGUCAUAGAGACGCUCUGUCCGGCGGCGUUCUCUGGCCUCUCAGCGGUCAUUGGGUAGGCUCAAUUCCUACGCGGCGUCGCGCGUUACGCGACGGCGCAUUACGACUGGGGCAUGGCGACGCCCUUCGCAACGCGAUUUGCUACAAUGGCUUUGAUAGGUGUCAAGGCUGGUAAAGGAAUGGAUGGGUAAGGGAUGUUGUUUAAUGAACAAUCAAGGCAUUCGGUUCCCCUGUUCUGGUUUCUGGGCGGUUGGCAUGGCUGGCGGUGUUGGGUUGCGUGGCUUACGCUUGUACAAUACACAGCAUGACUUUCGGGGCCGGUAUACAAAAAAACAUACGGAAUGAGACAUUAAUACCCAAUAUCAUGAGACCCUAC